ACAAAUAUUUAAUAUUUGUGAUUUUCAGAUUUGUAUAUUUUUUUAAAACAAAAUUAGUAUAAACGACUACACCCACUCGUAAAGAACAUGCUCAUGGUCGUUCCCAUAAUUUCAUCACAAGUGGUGGAUAACAUUUUUUUUCUCUAACAAAUUAACAACGCUUCCGCUUUAUCCCUCACUUUUGUGCCUAUAAAAUACCAUUCAAUAGUAUAUACCAUACCAAAAACAAAAACAAGAGAGAAUUAGCUAAGUGAAAGAGAGAAAAAAACAGAGACAAUGUCAGGGAUCAUUCACAAGAUUGAGGAAACCCUUCAUGUGGGAGGGCACAAGAAAGAGGAGGAGCACAAGGGUGAACACCAUGGUGGAGAACACAAAGGGGAGCAUCAUGGGGAAGAGCACAAAGAGGGUUUCGCAGACAAGAUCAAGGACAAAAUUCAUGGCGAGGGCGAGAAGAAGAAGAAGGAGAAAAAGAAGCGUGAACAUGGCCAUGAGGAUGGCCAUGACAGUAGCAGUGGCAGUGAUAGUGAUUAGAUGAUCUGUGUUAUAAGAUAAGGUGUAUGGAGCAUAUAUAGUAGUGAUGGUUGUGCCUUUUCUUAUUUCUUUCUUGUGAAUUUUAAUCUAUAUUUGUGCGUGUUUCUGGUUGCUAAUUCGAGUGCUAAUAGUCUGCGGUUUGGUUGGUUUGUAACCCCACUGCUUUGGUUAUGUUUGAUUGUAUAUAUUCGUAAAGAAAUAAAAAUUUAAAUUAUCAGUAUUAUUAGUA